GUGCCUAACGUGGCAAAGCUUAACACAGAAUCUAAGUAGAUGCCCCAAGUCAUUUCUGAGACACAGCAACCACUAUUCACUGACACAGUCAGCUACCAUCUCUCUCUCUCUCUCUUCAGACAUUUCACAUUUUUCUGUCACUAUAACUAACAUUAAUAUCUUCUAUAUCACACAACACACAGUUACAAGUUAUUACAAACUUUAUUCAUUCAUUUACAUACAAGUUAUUAUUAUAUCAUUCACCAAACUUGGUGGCUCAUCCAUUCAAACCAGAGGUGAAGUUCAACCACUUCACUUCACCUCUCCCCGACAACAUGGGUCAAGGCCUUAGUUGCAGAGGUAACAAUGAUCAUGGUCUCUUCACUGCUGUCCAACAAGGUAACCUUCAAAUUGUCACAACUUUGUUACAACAAGACCCUUCUCUUUUCCAUCAAAAAACUCUCUUUGAUCGUUUUUCACCUCUUCAUAUUGCUGCUGCUAAUGGCCAGAUCGAGAUUCUGUCUAGGCUUUUACAUGGAUCUGUUAAUCCAGAUGUUUUAAAUCGACAAAAACAGACUCCUCUUAUGUUGGCUGCAAUGCAUGGAAGGAUUGCAUGUGUGGAGAAGCUACUUGAAGCUGGUGCUAAUGUUUUGAUGUUUGAUACGGUUAAUGGAAGAACCUGUUUACACUAUGCUGCUUAUUAUGGCCAUUUUUCUUGCCUUAAAGCUAUUCUUUCUUCUGCUCAAUCUAGUCAUGUGGCUGCUUCUUGGGGAUUUGUUCGGUUUGUGAAUGUUAGAGAUGGAAAGGGUGCGACGCCGUUGCAUUUGGCAUCUCGACAAAGACGGCCUGAAUGUGUGCAUAUUCUAUUAGAUAGCGGAGCUCUUGUUUGUGCUUCGACCGGUAGAUACGGCUAUCCUGGAAGUACUCCACUUCAUCUAGCUGCUAGAGGGGGGUCUCUUGAUUGCAUUCGUGAAUUGUUGGCAUGGGGCGCAGAUCGUAUUCAGCGUGAUUCAUCUGGGCGUAUACCAUACAUGGUUGCUAUGAAACACAGACACGGAUCAUGCGCGUCGUUGCUAAAUCCUACAUCUGCUGAACCUCUUGUUUGGCCAUCUCCACUGAAAUUCAUCAACGAACUUAAUCCGGAAGCCAAAGCCUUGUUAGAACAAGCUUUGAUGGACGCAAACAGAGAAAGGGAGAAAGACAUAUUGAAGGGGAAAUUUUACCCUCUUCCGUCUCCAUCCCAAUCAGAUUGUGUAGAUGACAAUAUCUCCGAGGUUAGUGAGUCAGAAUUAUGUUGCAUCUGCUUUGAGCAGGUAUGCACAAUUGAAGUUCAGAAUUGUGGUCACCAAAUGUGUGCACAAUGCACAUUAGCCCUUUGUUGCUACAACAAACCGAACCCGACAACUACUUCUAUAACUCCACCAGUUUGUCCAUUUUGUCGAAGCAACAUAGUUAGACUUAUGGUUGUCAUGAAAAUUGAAAAUCACGACGAAACUGAUCAAGACAAUGUUGAUAUCAAUUGUUCAAAGAUAAACAAAUCGAGAAAACUCCGAAAUUUGAACGACAGCGGUAGUAGCAGCUUCAAAGGAUUAUCUAGUGUGUCGUUCGGAAAGUUGGGCGGCCGAAGUUCAGGAAGAGUUGCUGCUGAAUGGAUUGAUAAAGAAUGAUGCACUGUGGCUAGUGUGGUUACUGCUUGUAGUAUACUCAAAAUCAAAAAAAUCAAAUUUAAUGAUUCCAUAUUGGUUUAGGCACGGUAACUAAGUGUGUGCUUAACCAUCAAGGUAAAAUGAAAGUGAAAAAGUGAAGGAAUAAUAUGUAAUUUUGGUUAAUAAGCAAAGUGAAUUAAGGCAAAGAAGUUCAAGGUAGGUACCAAAUGUUGUUGGAGAAAAAGAGGAAGCUAUGUCAUGGUUUAGUAAGUGUUAUUGUCAAUUAAAAUUAAUAUUGCUUGAGCAUGAAGAAGCAUCACAUUGAUUGAUGAUUUUGGGCAUUGUUAAUAGUAAUAAUAAUAUUAUUAUACGCAAACAAGUAAAGUGAGUAUAUGAUUUCUCUCGAAAAGUGUAAGUUUAUGUUAUGGGAAAAUGUAUUUGCUUAUUUCAUUGCAUUUUUUUGUUUAUAUUUCUUUGUACUAUACAAUUUUAGCAAUAAAAUACAAAAGAGAAAGACAAGGUAUGAUGUUGCUUGUCAUGUGAUA